AAAAAAGCAGUCCACAAAAGCUGUUCAUCCAUCUCAUACGCUCCGCUACAGUAGUUUUGAUUACUUACGGCUUUUUCGCGAAAGAAAAUUGAUCGUUUGCGUCUUGUCUGUAUUUUUGUAUACGUUUGUUUGUGGUCGUCCACCUCCACAUAUUGCAUUCUCAAGUUUUCUGAAUAUUGGUUCGUAGGACUCGGACAAUUUCGAAUGUGAUCAUGUCAUCUGCAGCUUCGUCUUCAUCAUCAACAUCGUCCGGCGCAUCGGCAAUGAAUGGUAAACCGAUUGUUCACGAUCCCGCGGAUGGCAAAGGCAAAGCCACGGAGUGGGUGCCAGCGUCAGUGGAGGUCGUGUGGUGGGCAUUCAUCUGGUGGUUGGACAUUUGCUAUGGUUGUGAAAACUUUUUUUGUAGAUGUGCAUUCCGUCCAUUAACGUGGAUUCUGGACAAAUAUAAGGAUGUUUGUAUUGACCAACUUGAAGUUGAAAUAGAAAAUAGUCCCUCUGCCUUACAUUUCUUGCUUUAUGUAUGACUUCAUCAUGAUACGCCUGCAAGGCGCAAGGGCAAGGCAUCGCCGAAUAGCAUGAAUGAAAGGGACGUUUAUUCCUUCCAUAGAAAGUGCGAACAUUUUCGUGAGUUGCUGGGCGACGAAACGAGGCACGAUGAUGAAAAGACGCAAUCAGAAGCCAGCCCCGACGAGAAUAUUUUGACCAUUCCAGUGUUUCACCGAGAGAACCCUUUUUCACCGGGAGUGGAGGGGUACGACGUGUGAAACUGUCAGUGACCACGGGCGCUCCUGUUCGUUCAGGCUUACCCCUACUAUUGCUUCUUAAUUUGGGCUAGGUGUCAUCUAGUUGCAUCUAGACCUGUUGCGCUUUUACCUCCGCGUCAUCCCGACUAGGGUUAUCAAAAGGUAGCAUCAAGGCUGAGUGUAUGCAGUCUGGUAUGCAUAUUUAUGCAAAAACGGGAAAAGGAUAUAGGAAUUCAGAAAUGAGAGGUUCAUUACUUCUUGGUUCAUCGAAUAGGGGGAGAAGUACGGGUUUGACAGUUUUGCACCGCAUAUAAUCCCCGGAAGGACCACGUACGCGAUCGUUACCGCCUCAAAGGCCGCAGUCCGGUCCUGGGCACGGAAGCACGGCAAGCAGGAGGGUGCCGGGCAGGCAUGGACGAAUUUGAUGCGGUUGGUGAACCAAGUUGCGUCCGGGUCUGGUACGAGGCUGGUACGGGGCUCUGAGGAAGCGUGGAAAGACCGCUGCCGAGUUUGCUUGGUUCUUGCCCAGUGUGCAAGCCCGGUCUUCUAUGCCGAGUUGGUCGAUACGUUUGCCGGUACCUCUGCUGUGACGGCUUCAGAAUUCGUUGAGAAGGCGAAGGCGCUGCUCCUUCGGGACGGGGCCGCGGAGGCCUACAAGCGAGCUGAGCGGCUUGCGACGCGACGCCCUGAGACACUCUCCGAAGGUUUUGCAGACGACUGGGCAAUGUGUUUUGAAAAGCUUGAAGAGCAUGCGGAGCUUCUUCGCAAGGAAUUCAUCAUCAUCAACGAGAUUGGCGAGGAAAGCAGACAUCAAAUCGACCGUGCCGCUUUUUAUCGUGCGUGUCUGCAGUGUCGCGGGGAUAUCGUAUACAAAAAUCAUGCCCUGAGUUUCAUAUGCAAAUUUUUACUUUUGGUUUUGGCUUUUCACAGUUUUCCCCCACCACAUAGGUUUCUAUCAUGAACUACUUAGUCGAGGUCGAAAUAAUGUUGUUCUGCUUCCUCAUUCGUCGCUUAAUCAGUUGGACAACGAGCUGCAAUUUUGCGUAGGGCUAAAUUUUUGUCGUGAUAAAAGACUUUGGAGCAAGUAAACUUUUCCUCCUUGUGCUCGAAUCAUACAAGCACGCCGGUGUUUCGAAGAUUAUACCCGCCGCUAUAUGUCAACGCAAUUACGCACCUUUGACGUGUGGCAGUGCUCCAAAGAGGUUCGCGCAGUGGACGGCCGAUAAUCUAGAGUUCUCGGACUUCGCAUGUGAUCCAGAUUCGCGAUUGCUGGCGCACCGAGCGUACUACGAUAAGAGACUGCGCUCCGUAAUCACGUCGGUGUACCUGCGUGUGGUGAGUUCGGCGAAGGACGGAAAGCGUCUGCAUGCGAGGAAAAUUUUCGGAGAUAGACUGUGGACGUCGGUUCAUGACAUUACUUUGUAUGUUCAUUGGUCUAUCGUGACACAAGCAGAACCCGCUUCAUUCUCGACCGCGUUGUGCAUGAGGUGGCCACUACAUUCAUCAGCAUGGCGCUCUUAUUUGCUACAAGAAACAGUCUUGGAAGCCAAUUGCACUUCGGUUGAGUCCUUCCUAGUGAGAAUCUAUUGAGUGCAGCAGCAUCGGCCGAGCUGCCUCGGCUACUUACAUGCUGUCGGAUUCUUCAUUGCUGUGAUGUAUUACUAGUAGAACACUUCUACUAGUGCUGCGAAAGAAAAUGAAUCUGCGUAUGCGUUCGCAAUUCUGAUUUGCAGCAUGCAUUUAUUUAGCAAACAGACAAUGCAGGGGGAUGAGCUUAUCCACGAUAUUCCUGGGAGAAUUUGUGCAUUGGUGGUUCUACGCCAUGGACGGAAAUGUCGUGCAAGUGGAGAAGGAACAGUUUUCCGAGCUGGUGAUACAGGCGCCCCCGUGCUCCACAGCCCGCCGGACAAAAGCAAAGCUCAUCAAGAGGAAGGAGAAGAUGUACGGUGAGAAAUCGAACGGGGUGCCGGACUCCAUCGUGUCGAACUGCAAAGGACGGGGCCAAAAACCUACAAGCGCGACAAACGGAAACAAGACAACUGACCGGCAAGGAACGAUCGCCGAAAAAAGGGUGAAGAAAAGGGCGGCAACAGGAACCGAAGAAAGCGUUGAUCCCUUGUCCGCAGCCUUUGCAUCGCUAAGUGACCCUACGGCAAGCAAACGAGCUAGAAAAGCCACUGCAAAUCGGAGCUUGGUUAAGGACGAUGGAUCCUCUUGUUCAUCUACAUCUUCCUUGCUGACGACACCGAAGGAAAGAACUCCAUUGGAGUCGUCGUCCGCGGACGCAACCAGCACAGCAGUGGCUGACAAUCCAGCGAGAGAACCUCCAAGUGACAACACUCUGCAUUCGAUUUUGGACGACGUUUUUUCAGAUGCGGAUGCCGCAAGUGCGGAAGACGGAGUUCAGGAUAGGGGACGCGUGGCGCAAAAGAAGCUUCGGCAGACACAGGUGGCCGGUACGGAUGCUACGCUGUCACGCAGCGCUGCCUUCGGCGCUACCUGCCACUACUCGAUCGGGUGCUCGAUGACGCGCGACACCACGAAGCUCAUUACAUCUGCUGGGCGCCGUGCCUGCUUGGAACUGACGGAUUUUAUGAACGCGCGCCGGAGAGAAAUUCAGCAACUUAGCCUGUCGACGGCGCCCGGCGGUCCCUGUGCUAACGACUCAGAAGAAAAAUCCUUGUUCACCUACAGCAGCAUCAACGUGCAUUUGAAUGCGAAAACGCUUCCGCAUAUUGACGGCGGUAACCUCGGCGAGUCGGUGUUGGCGUCAGAAGGAAACUUCAGCGGUGGUGGACUAUUCAUUCAUGACGCAGCCUUGGGGUUGGGUGAUAUAGACGCAAACCUGCCAUUGGUCCACGAGCCAGUUGACUACAGAUCGGUAGCUGUAGAAGUUUCUACGGAAAUUGUGACCAGUAAUGCCGAGAAGCGCAGGCUGUUCGGGAAAGAUAUCGAGAAGUGGCCCGAAAUCCACGAUAUCAAGGAAAUCAAGAGCAAAAAAAAGGGCAAGAAAAAAAAUACCCAGCCGAACGCAGCCGUUGUUCCAACGCUUCGCCGCGGGGCCCGGUUUUUCAUCAUUGGUCGGGAGUUUAGCACCAAGGGCAAGCUCGUGCAGUUCAACGCCGCUCGGAAUGUCCACGCUACGAUGCCAUGGACUGGCGACAGAUACGCGGUCAUUUUUUUCACGCACAGCAGCUUGCCGGGACUGCGAAAUCGCCGGGGGCAAGGCGUCAACACUUUCCGAGCCUUCUUACUAGCGCUGCAAGAAAUGGGCUUUCCGUUACCGGAAGCGCAUUCGCCGAGCUGGCAGCAGAUCUCGGAUGCGGCAGCUGAGGUUAUUGACCUCGUCAGUAGUUGUGACGAAGAUCAGUAGAAGGGAAGAAGAUGAAGAUUGUCGAUCGUGUGACACGAAUACACCUAGAACUGCUUGCUUAAUGCGUAUAGAGUUCAGGAACAACGGCACACCUCUAACUGUUGGCUACUAGCCUGGGGAAAAGCCUCUAUUCUUGCAGAAUCGUAUUCGCGAAGGCGAGCACAAAGAUGACUCAUCAUCAGUACGAAAACAAGGCACAUGAUCAUCGUGUUUCACAAUUAUAGACCUCCCCACGACGAGCCA